AUGAGGAAGAAGAAGAAGAGUAGUGGCAAGAGUGUACUCAGUAGUGAGCUCAGGGAUUCAAUGUUUGUUUUUCCUUCUUCUUCCAUCCCUGAUGGCGAAUCCAAUGGAACAGUAGAAGCAGAGGAUAGUGAGGGAUCUUCCAGCAGGAUGAUAAUGGAGAGUACUGGUCCUAAGGGGGCGAAAAAGAAGCUGCUAAUGGAUGAGAUUCUUGCUAAAUCUUGCUCGAUCUCUGAUCCUCAACAAGUGAGAUCUGGAGGUACUCUUUCUAAUCUUUGGGCCGAUGAGGUCGAUGAGGUUUUUGAAUCUGAAUCUAUUAGAAAUCUGAAUCUAGAUGAAGAAAUUCCUGAAAAUAUUGAUCAGAAUAGAUUAGAUGAUGCAAGUAAGACCACGAAUCUGGUAGAUCUCACUCAAACACCUACGGAUACUGAUAAUGAGGUGAUUGGAAAACCUGUAGUUAUCAAUACAAAUCAUGAAAAAACUACUGAUGAGCAGGUUACUGAGAUUCCAAAAACUUUUGCAAGUCUAUUUGCUGAUAAUAGGAAAAGUGGUAAAGGUUUAAAUCUGAGCUAUGUUCCUCAUUCUCAAAUGAAUACUGCUAUUUUUUCUAUGGAGGAAUGGAUGGAAGGUGAAGGCUAUUGGAGAUUUGCUUUAGUUGGCCACGUUAUUGGAUUAAAUGUCAGGUUUAAAUCUAUGGAAUCUUAUGUCAAUAAAUUGUGGGGGAGUAUAUCUAUUCCUGAGAUUCAUCUAAUUAAACCUGGUGUUUUUCUCUUUGAUUUUCAAUCGGAAAAACAAAUGUAUGAUGUUUUGGAAGCUGGUCCAUGGUUCUUUGGUUCAAGGCCUCUUGUCCUUAAACCAUGGAGUAUUGAAACAGAUAUGGAUAGGAUUCAGGACUCCUCUUACCCUCUGUGGGUUCAAUUUCCUAACUUGCGUCUGAAUCUUUGGAGCUCUACUGGGAUUAGUAAAGUGGCUAGCCUUAUUGGUAAACCCAUAACCACAGACAAAUUGACUGCUACUAGGAAGAGGAUAUCUUAUGCCAGAGUCUUAUUGGAAGUGCAAUUGCCUCUAACAUCUCCUCUACCUGAUCAGAUUGUAAUCCAAGGGCCAAAUGGGAAGUGUCACAAUCAAAAAGUUAUAUAUGAAUUCAAGCCUAGAUGGUGUGAUACUUGUAAAGCUAUUGGUCACUCUACUGAGCAAUGCAGAAAGAAGAAUGGUAAAAUGAAGUGGAUGCCUGUUAAUAGAAAUGCUAAUAGCAAUGCUGAUGCAAAUGCUGGAGUAGCUACUGUUACAACUAUUGCUCCCAAUAUUGGUGAUAUCCCUGGUGUUUCCAGUAUUGAGGUGAAUUCUGAUACUAAUUCUAAAGAGCAUGCUGAACCUAUUAUUGCUCCACAUAUUCAUCAAGAUCCUAUUAUUAAGGAAGGCUCUGGGAUUCCUGGGGGUUAUGGUGCACGUGCACAAGGAAUUGCAAGUGCUCUCUCAUCCCCUGUUGUUAAUGUAACAGGUUUCUCUAGUGUUGUCAAAGGUAAAUCUAUAAGAAAAUCUGGUGGAGUAACAAAUGAUAAGGGAACUUCAAAAUCAGUGGAGGCUAUACCUUUUUUCCAGUAUAAGCUCCCUUUCAUAGCUCUUCUAGAAACUAAAAUAGCUGGAAAUAAACUGCAUGCUAUUGCAAAAAAAGUGGCUAAAGACUGGUCUUGGAUUUCAAAUUGUCAUCAGGCCAAUAAUGCUAGAAUAUGGAUUCUUUGGGAUAGUGAUCUUUUCUCAUUACAACUGCUUAACUCCUCAAAUCAAUUCAUGACUUGUGCUGUUAAGUCAAAGGAUUGCAAAUUAUCAUGCACUAUUACUAUUGUAUAUGCUCUCAAUGACAAUUCUGGUAGGAAGGCUCUUUGGCAUGACAUUCUGGCUUUCAAAAAUAAUGUGACUGGUCCUUGGAUUAUUGGAGGGGAUUUCAACACUAUUAUCAAUAAUAGUGAGAAAAUUGGUGGUGUUCCAGUAUCUGUUUCUGACACAGAAGAUUUCCUGGACUUCAUUUCUUCUAGUCAACUUGUUCAUCUGAAGACAGCUGGACUUGAUAGAGUCCUAGCUAAUGAAGACUGGAUUCGAAAUUACACCUCAAGUCAAGUUGAAUUUUUGACUCCAAAUUGCUCAGACCAUUCUCCAGAAUUAAUUACUAUUGGAAAUGAGGAUUAUAUUGGAAAAAGGCCUUUUAAGUUCUUCAAGAUGUGGGCAACUCACCCAGAUUUUCUCUCUGCAGUGGCUUCUAGCUGGGAUAAAAUUGUUAUGGGCUACAAUAUGUACAAAUUCCAUACCAAACUCAAAAAUCUCAAGCCUGUUCUAAAGGAGUUAAAUAAGAGAAAUUUCAUGAAUAUCAGUGAGCAAGUUUUGAGGGCUAAAAAUGAUCUUGAUGAAGUUCAAAAGCAACUGAGCAUUGAUCCUUUUAAUGCAAUGCUGAUUUCAAAGGAGAAGGAUAGUUUAAAUAAAUAUGUGAAACUGUUAGAUCACGAAGCUUCAUUCUACAGACAAAAGGCUAAUAUCAAAUGGGGAAAAUAUGGGGACAAAUGUACUCAAUUUUUUCACUCUGUUAUGAAAGCUAAUCGCCAUCAUAAUAGAGUGUUGUCUCUCUAUUUGGAUAAUGGACAAAGAAUAACUGAUAUGACUGCUAUUACUGCAAAGUUCAUUGAGUAUUAUGAGCAGCUUCUGGGUACUUCAGUUACUGUCAUUCCUCCUGAUCCUGAAGUCAUUGCAAAUGGUCCUUUACUUUCUGCUACUCAAAGAAAUGAAUUGAGUCUUCCUAUAACAAGAGAGGAAAUCAAAGCUGCUGUCUUCUCAAUGGCUGAUGACAGAGCCCCAGGACCUGAUGGUUUCAGUGCCUCUUUUUACAAGACAGCUUGGAGCAUUAUCAAUGAAGAUCUCUAUCUUGCGAUUUAG